AUGAUUUCAAUUAGGCAUCCAAAUAAAAAAAACUUGCAGUUAUUACUAAUAUACCAAUUAGCAAUAUAAUAAUAUAUCAUGAUGAUUGAGAUGAACAAAGAGGAAAAUGUAAGAUUAAAUAAUGAGAAAAUGCAGAAAGAAAUAAUGGUUUAAAAUCCAUUAUUUAAUAUAUGGAUGAUAAAUUCAUUUGAUUAAAAAUAGGAAUAGAAAGACCCAAUUCAAAAGACCCUACAAUUGUUAGUGAUUAUUUGA